GGAGGAGAUGACGUGAUGGGCUGUGUCCAUGAUGAUAAUGGCCGUGUUCGUAUCCAUCACUUUUACAACGUGGGCCAGUGGGCCAAGGAGAUCAAGAGGAAUCCUGCCAGGGAUGAAGAGGGCGUCUUUGACAACAACCGUGUGACCUGCCGCUUCAAACGGCCGCUCUACGUCCCCAGAGAGGAGACACUGGUGGACCUGCAUCUCUCUUGGUACUACCUGUUGGCCUGGGGACCUGCUAUACAAGGUCAGCCAAUGAGUGUGUAUGUGGUUGUGUGUGUGCAGAAAGUUGAUGUGUGUUUAUUAGCAUGUACAUGUAAAUUAUUUCUCUUACUCUCCUCCCCCACUCUUCUCCUUUCCUUCUCUCCUUUCCUCCUCUCCUCCAGGUUCCAUCACACGUCAUGACAACGAUGCUCCACCAGUCUCCGAUCACAUGAUCAGCAUCUAUAAGUAUGAGGACAUCUUCAUGCCGUCUACAGCCUACCAGACGUUCUCCUCUCCCUUCUGUCUGCUGCUCAUAGUAGCCCUCACCUUCUAUCUGCUGAUGGGCACGCCCUGAGAGAGAGGAGGAGAGAAGAGAGGAGACGAGACGAGAUGAGAGAAGAGGAGAGAAGAGGAGAGAAAAUUACAUUUUACAUUUUUAGUCAUUUAGCAGACGCUCUUAUCCAGAGCGACUUACAGUUAGUGAGUGCAUACAUUUUUCAUACUGGCCCCCCAUGGGAAACGAACCCACAACCCUGGCGUUGCAAGUGCCAUGCUCUACCAACUGAGCUACAGGAGGGCAAAUGAGAGAUGAGAGGAGAGGAGAGGAGAGGAGAGGAGAGGAGAGGAGAGAAGAGAGGAGAAGAGAGGAGACGAGAGGAGAGGAUAAGAGAGGGGACGAGAGGAGACGAGAAGAGACGAGAAGAGAGAAGGAGAGAGGAGAAGAGAGGAGACGAGAGGAGACGAGAGGAGAGGGGACGAGAGGAGACGAGAGGAGAGGAGAGAGGAGAAGAGAGGAGACGAGAGAAGAGGAGAGGAGAAGAGACAAGAGGAGAGAGGAGAGGACAGAAGAGGAGAGGAGAGGACAGAAGAGGAGAGGACAGAAGAGGAGAGGAGAGGACAGAAGAGGAGAGGAGAGGACAGAAGAGGAGAGGAGAGGACAGAAGAGGAGAGGAGAGAAGAAAGGAGACGAGAGGAGAGAAGAGAGGAGAGAAGAGAAGAGGAGAGGACAGAAGAGGAGAGAUGA